AUGAGCAAUUUGCAGAUCAAAGAAGCCAAGAUCAUCGCGAUGACGUGUACGCAUGCGGCACUGCGUCGCAACGAACUCGUCAAACUCGGCUUCAAAUACGACAACAUUGUGAUGGAAGAAGCGGCGCAGAUCCUCGAAGUCGAAACCUUCAUCCCGCUGCUCCUUCAGAAUCCAGAAGACGGACACAAUCGGCUGAAGCGGUGGAUUAUGAUUGGAGAUCAUCAUCAGCUGCCACCGGUGGUUCAGAAUCAGGCAUUCCAGAAGUACUCCAACAUGGAGCAGUCGUUGUUCGCUAGACUUGUGAGGUUGAGUGUGCCGAACGUCGAGCUGGAUCGGCAAGGACGUGCGAGAGCGCAAAUCGCCGAGCUCUAUCAGUGGAGAUACAAGGGAUUGGGCAACUUGCCACACGUCGAUGGGCUCCCGCAAUUCCAGAACGCCAAUGCCGGAUUCGCGUUCCCCUUCCAGCUCAUCGAUGUUCCCGACUUCAACGGACAGGGAGAGUCUCAACCAAGUCCCCAUUUCUAUCAGAAUCUGGGCGAGGCCGAGUACGCCGUCGCAUUGUACACUUAUAUGCGAAUUUUGGGAUAUCCCGCGGAGAAGAUCUCGAUUCUGACGACGUACAACGGACAGGCACAGUUGAUUCGCGACGUUUGUCAGAGGAGAUGCGAGGCGAAUCCGUUGAUUGGAAUGCCCGCCAAGAAAUGGUACCAAAAUAGGCUCAAAAUGGUUCCGAAUUCAGCAAAAUUGAUGGUACCAAAAUUCACUAAAAAUGGUACCCAAAUCCAUGAAAAUCAUCAAAAAUGGUACCAAAAUUCGAUAGAAAUAGUCUCCACCGUCGACAAGUACCAAGGACAACAGAACGACUACAUCAUCCUGUCGCUAGUCCGUACCCGCAACAUUGGUCACAUCCGCGACGUCCGUCGUCUCGUCGUCGCCCUCUCUCGUGCUCGUCUCGGUUUGUACGUGCUCGGAAGGUCCAAGGUCUUCAUGGAUUGCCUCGAAUUGACGCCAGCGAUGAGAAUCUUCGCGAAACUUCCCCGCAAACUGGUGAUCCUUCCAUUCGAAGCACACCCGACGUGUCGAAAAUGGAACGAGCGGUCGCAGGAUGGAGAAGCCAUGGAAAUCGAGGACACCAUUCAUAUGACGCACUUUGUCCGGGAGUUCUACAUGAGCAAUUUGCCGGCAAUGACGGAGGCGUACGAGGCGGCGAUGGCCGAGUAUCUGGAGGCUCAACGGAUUCUCAAUCCGCCCAUCGAUGAGACACAGAUGGAUGUGGAGACGGAGGAGGAGAGGCGACGACGUGAGGCGAUGGAGAGGAAGAAGAAGCAGGAGAUGGACGAUAAGAAGGAGGCGGACAUUCAUUUUGAGGACAUGGAUCAUGAGAUGCAGGAGCAGCCAGCUGGAAGCUCAGCAGCUCAGGAGGCUCCGCCCACGAUUCAGGAGCCACCAGCACAAGAGAAUCCAUAG